CUUCCGACCGAGCAUGGCUGAAUGUUGUGUUGACAAGAAGUGAAUUCAAGCAAAUCUCUGACGAAUAUCAAGAGGAAUCGUAAAAUUUCACUCUAGAAUAGGCUCAGCAUUCACCGGUCACCUUUCAAGCAGUAGAUAUGUCAACCCGAUUAUAUCCCUUGUAUCGAAAAGGUUCUCCUCAAUUGAGGGUGUUCCUGCCCAAUUUUUGGAUGAAAAUGGUCCAAUUAGAGCAUCAGGAGCAUUUGCCCAAUCAGGUCCAGUUCAUCGUGUCGUCCGAAAUGACUCGUUUGGACGUGAAGAACUACCUUGAACAGAUUUACCAGGUGCCCGUCAUGGACGUCAGAACGGUCAAUCUCACAGGAAAAACUCACCAACAUCGGCAAUUGGGCUUCUUACAUAAAGACGAUGACCAAAAAGUGGCCUUUGUCACUUUGCCCAAAGACACAAAGUUCGAAUUUCCCGACAUCUUGGCCAUGGGUGAAAGGGAUCAGCGCGAGCAACAAACCAUGGAUGAAUUCAAAGAUGCCCAAAAAGCCUUUAAACAAGGAACAGAAUCCAAACCGGGACGAGAGGGAUUACCCAGUUUCUUUGGAUAUUGAGGUGUAUUUUCAUGUUUUGCUCUCAAUAUCAAAUAUAAUUCAGUCAGACCCUACGUUAAAAAGAAAAAUUGCCACCAUUUGUAAAUGCUGAAGAGCUCUAAUGAAAAAAAGCUGUUGAAAUAUUUGAUGACUAAUAUAUGGAGAUAACCCAA